AACUGCAUACAACGGAUGCACUUCUAAUUUGUGCCUCCCCCUCUCCGCAAACCUUCAAGCUCGAAUCACACUCUCACACAGCCUCCCCUCCACUUCCGCCACCUUCCUUCCCCAAACAUUUCCGCGCCAAAAAACGAAGUUGCAGGUCCAAUUGCAUAUUCCAUAGAACAGAGAAAAUGGAAGAGGAAGCAUCUACACAACCUAAAACCUUCAUCAAUCAACCCGUUGUUCCUGGUGAUGUCGUCUUGGAUCUCUCAAAAAUGGCGGAACUAACCAUCAAACUCGGCGGCGGUCUUCGUCAGGAUGGUGAUGUAAUAUCUGUCACAAAAGCCGGUAAAUUGAGAUUCACAAAGCCAAACAAAUACUGGGUUGAAGGCUCACAUAAAAGGUAUGUACCUUGUGUGGAGGAUCAUGUCCUUGGCAUAGUGGUGGAAUGCAGAGCUGAUAACUUCCUUGUGGACAUCAAGGGACCGACGUUGGCAGUUUUGCCUGUGAUGUCUUUUGAAGGAGUAAUUAGGCGUAACAUUCCAAGGUUUGAGAUUGGAGCCUUGCUUUAUGCUCGUGUUGUUAAGACAAAUGCUGGCAUGAACCCGGAGCUAUCGUGCACAGAUGCGAACGGUAAAGCAGGAGAAUUUGGUCUACUUAAGGAAGGUUUCGUAUUCGAAACAUCAACUGGGCUUUCACGAAUGCUUCUGAGCUCCCCCACGUGUCCAAUUCUUGAGGGUCUUGGAAAGAAGCUGUCUUUCGAGAUUGCUGUUGGUUUGAACGGCCGAGUUUGGGUGAAUGCCGAAUCUCCAUCAACAGUGAUCCUGGUUAGUAACGCUAUCAUGAAAUCAGAGUCUCUAAGUGCCGCACAACAAAAGAUUACAGUGGAUAAACUGCUUCAGAGAGUACAAUGAUCCGCAGUUUUGAUAAAGAUAAAGAGUAUUUGACACAUUACCAUUCCCUUUUAUUUCCGAAAUUCUGAACGGUCUGAAUCUCCACUGUUAAGUUGAAACGUCACAAUUUCUUCUUGCUUCAACCCUGUAAAGCUUAGUUUCAGGUUUUGCUUCUGGUAAGGGGGGGUUUUUAGUAUUUCUUUUUCGAUCUUUUAGAACAGAUACUUUGGUUAGACAGGUUAUGUACGUCUUUUCAUAGGAACCAGAAUUACAUGACGCAGUCUACAUUUUAGCUGGACCUGUAAAAAGAGGAUUUUUGUAAGAGAAGGGAAACAGAUCAGGUGGAGCAGCAAAGGAUCGUUAAGCUGGGAGCUGUAAUCUAUCUCCCCAUUAACGUUAAUAGAAGUAUUAUUAUCUUCCAAUUUUGAAUAACCAGCAGAUUUGAUUUGUUAA